AUGCUGGGCCCUGAAACCGAUCUAAUAAUUUCUAAUAAAUUUAUAGCUCCAGACGGGUUCAAACGCUCUGCAACUCUCGCUGGAGGAACGUUUCCAGGUCCAAUUAUCGCCGCCCAGAAGGGUGACAAAUUUGCGAUCAACGUCGUGAACAGACUCACUGAUGAUUCAAUGCUCAAAAGUACGAGCGUGCACUGGCAUGGAAUCUUUCAGAAUGGCACCAACUAUGCGGAUGGAGUCGCAUUCGUUACUCAAUGCCCCAUUGCGCAAAACCACUCAUUUCGAUACUCCUUCGAGGCUCGGAACCAGGCGGGAACCUAUUGGUAUCAUAGCCACUACUCGACCCAGCAGUGCGAUGGCCUACGUGGAGCUUUGAUUAUAUACGAUCCCAAGGACCCUCUAUCCUACCUAUACGAUAUUGACGAUGAGACCACCGUCAUUACCCUUGCUGACUGGUACCAUGUGGUUGCCCCUGUUUUGAACCAUUUCAUCAAUACCGGUGGUAAGACAACACUCAUCAACGGUCUUGGUCGAUACCAAGGGGGGCCCAACUCCGAACUUGCGGUGGUCAACGUCGAGUAUGGUAAAAGAUACCGUUUACGCCUCAUAGCAAUGUCUUGCGAUCCCUAUUUUAUGUUCUCCAUCCACAAGCACAACCUGACGGUCAUUGAAGCUGAUGGUGUGCUGACGGAGCCCCUCCUCGUGGACUCGCUCCAGAUACUUGCCGGACAGCGAUACUCUGUCGUGCUGAAUGCGAAUCAGCCAGUAGACAAUUACUGGGUACGAGCGCUCGCGUAUACCCCGAACGCGACGUUCGACGGUGGCCAGAACUCGGCCAUCUUGCGAUACUAUGGCGCACCCGUCGCAGAGCCAACUACGAACCAGACCAAAAGCACCAUGCCGCUCGUUGAAACCAAUUUGCAUGCGCUCAUUAAUCCAGGUGCACCUGGUAUCCCGGAAUAUGGAAAGGCAGAUAUCAACUUGAUGAUGGUGGUCAACAAAACCAGCGGAACAUUCUAUAUAAACGACAUUGCAUUCCAGCCUCCGUCGGUGCCCGUGCUGCUCCAGAUCCUUAGCGGCGCACGAGAGGCAAUCGACCUUCUCCCAGACGGAAGUGUCUAUGUUUUAGAGCCUAACAAGGUCGUCGAAUUGACGAUGAUAAAUGGCGACUGGGAACUCGUUGGUCCUCAUCCAAUUCAUCUUCACGGCCAUAUCUUUGAUGUCGUGCAGAGCGCUGGCAACAGCUCUUUCAACUACCUCAAUCCCGUGCGCAGGGAUGUAGUAUCCAUCGGACUUCAAGACCAACAGAUGGUGAUCAGAUGGGUCACGGAUAACUCUGGUCCAUGGUUCCUGCAUUGUCACAUAGACUGGCAUCUUAAGGAGUGCUUAUGGCCGAAAGUCCCUCGGAGACUCGGAAGCAUCUCCACCGCUUACCCGAUGCGUGGCAUAAACUUUGCCCGAAUAUUCAACUCGUUAACUCCAGCCCAGAUUGGAACAGAGAACUCGUAUCAGGAAGCAGAAAAUCUCGCCAUCGCCUCAGGGCAAAACAUCACCGUAGCGCUGUUUCCCGAUGUAUAAUAUGCGGCACCGCAACCCUUGCCUUUUUAACAACCAAAAUCUUCAUGAUUUGAUUGUCUUCCAUCUAUCUACAUAGCUAGUGUGAGGACAGAGUGUUUGCGACCGCGAAAGCAAUUCAUAUCACAUGUGCGAACUCCAUUUGAACCUUUUCACUCCUUCCCUGCGCCGAUCCCCCGUUGAGCCUCCGCUGUCUCUCUUUCGGAAGACCACGGCAUGUCCAAAAACUACUUUAGCCCCUCUUUUGCAUACCGUGCCUCUUGCCCGAUGGCUGUACUUACAUGUGGGCAAGGAUCGAUUAUAUUAAUAUACCAUUAACUUCACGCGCAAUAUACGUGGAGCAACAGCGUGGUAUUGACCUUCCUCUGAGCAUGUAUAACAUGAUCCAACUUUGAGUCCACACAUGCCGAUGCGGUUGUUUGGAU